AUGCCCCCGGCUGCCUCUCAAAAGGUGCUUACUUACGAAGUCCAGGAGAGGGUACUGUGCUUUCACGGGCCAAUGCUUUAUGAAGCAAAGGUUUUGGAGGUCAAGAAAUCUGAAGAUAAGAAGGAAUUGCCAGAGUACAAGGUGCAUUACAAGGGGUGGAAAAACACUUGGGACGAAUUUGUUCCCGCGGACCGUUUGAGGAAGAUGAACGAGGAGAACUUGCGCCUUCAGAAAGAGCUAAACGAUAAUACUAAGCCUUCUUCCAAGAGAACCAAUCCUACCCCGAACGCAAAGGCUGGCAUGAAGAUGUCGAAAGCUGGGUCUGAAGAUCUCCCGGGAGCUUCCGGUACCCUCCCACCCAGGGGACAGAAGCGUGGAAGGGAGCUUGAAAUUGAGAAGGAAGAGGACUUUAUGAAGAGACAUGACAUCAAAAUUACCAUUCCGGAUAACCUCAAGGCAUUACUUGUCGACGAUUGGGAGAACGUUACCAAGAAUCAGCAGCUCGUCCCUCUCCCCCGUAACCCGUCCGUUACACAGAUCUUGCAAAAGUAUAGAGAAUCCAUGCCCAAGAAGCGCGAGGGGUCGGCGGAUAUGGAUAUCUUUGAAGAGGUCCUUGCCGGGUUGAAGCUUUACUUUGAUAAGAGUCUCGGGACUAUCUUGCUGUACAGAUUCGAGAGACAGCAGUAUAUGGAGAUUCGCAAAGAGCAUCCUGGGAAGGAGCCUAGUGAACUCUAUGGAGCGGAGCAUCUAUUGAGGCUCUUUGUUUCUAUGCCCGAACUUCUAGCUCACACCAAUAUGGACCCCCAAUCCGUUUCUAAGCUCCGUGAGCACAUCGAAGACUUCAUCCGCUUUCUGGGGAAGAACCCUGAGCAAUACGUCGCAGAGCACUACGAGAGUGGUUAGUUGUCCCCAGUCUUACUCGAUACUUUCUGUUACGGAUCCUCCCCCAUCCCCGCACGAAAAAGAAACGAAGAGUAUAUCUUGUCCGCCCUUUUUCCACCUGCCCUAAAGACAGACCAAACAUACAGGAACUCCCGUCUCCAGUUAGUUGGCUAUGGUUGCUUCCCCCUGUACGAAACCCGGCGGGAUCGGGGGAGUUGGGAUAAAAGAAGAUGGGAAGAAAAAAAAGAUGAAGGCGACGAACUCACAAUUUUUCUUUUCUUCUAGCUUCCCCGCGGUAUAUCGAUCUUUCUAGAGGCCUCUGAGUGAAUGCACGGGCACAGAAAUGGUUGGGGUGAAGUAUAGGGGAGAUAGAAUUGGCGGAACAGGUGAUGGUGGAGCCAGUUGCGAUUUUUCUGUCUUUUCUUUUUUCAAACAGACGUGGUUUAUCGUGAUUAGUUUGAUUCUGAUUCUGGAUCCCUUUUCUACACUAAAAUUUUUACUAUUAUCCUUGAACUAUUUUUUUCUAAAUAAAAAAAACAGGUAGGUUUGGGG